CACAGUGCAUGCGCAAACCCAAGUGCGUGCGUCGGGCAGAGACACCACAGCGUUAUCUCAUCGACCAGCUCCCACUCACACUCCCAAAAAUCAUCUACAACAGGUGACAGCGAUGAUCUGAGCUUCUAAAGGCCUCAUGUUUCUUUGCAAAACAUACAACACUGGAAAUAUACCAAGUCAAGAAACUGAGCAGGGCCAUCUGACGUUCAACCCUACCAGCUCAUGGACAGCAGGUGCCCACUUGACACUUUAGAGUCUGCAUUGAGGACAGGAUGGCUAAAUGUGAGCUGAUUGAGCUGAAAGACCUCAGUGUGAAUGAUCCCAUUGAACUGGCUGCUCCGGCAGCCCGCCCAACCCCUCCACCGGUAAACCCAGGGCCGCCCAGCCAUUUCCACAUCGUCCGCCUGGUGGGAGACACCGUCAGCAUCGAGACACCUCUGUGUCACUCAGGAGAGGCUGGAUCAGGUCAUGACUUCCAGCCCUUUAGCUACACCCAUCUCACCUGGUGUGACCUGUGUGGAGAAUUCAUCUGGGGUGUUUACCAGCAGAGUUUACGCUGCACCAAUUGCAACUAUACUUGUCACUACCGCUGCCGUCCGUUCAUCCAGCUGGACUGUUACACAGAUGGAAAUCCAUUGACGGAUCAGACAGAUUCUUCAGUCGAUGUGAUCGAGACAGACACAAACGUGGAUGAACAGAUCGAAUGGAGUAAACGGGAGUUAACUGCUGCUGAGAUUCAACAAAAGAUUAAGGAGUACAAUGCUCAGACCAAUAGCAAUCUCUACAUGUUGGUUAAUAAAGACGGCUCCUACACUGGUUUCAUCAAAGUCCACUUUGAGUUAGUUCGUCCAAUCUCCCUCCCACAUCAUCAGAAUCUAUUCCCAACUCAGGAGGAAGAUAAACCAACCAAACGGAUGAAAAGGCGGACGUCGUUCUACCUCCCCAAAGAUACUGCCAAGCACCUCCAUAUAAGCUCCCAAACACGAGUACGAGAAGUCAUUGUGGCGUUGCUCAAAAAGUUUACUGUGGUGGACAACCCUGCUAAGUUCGCCUUAUUUGAACGUGCAGAAAGACAAAGUCAAGUGUACAUGCGUAAACUGUCUGAUGAUGAGCACCCUCUCUUCCUACGUUUGUGUGCUGGCCCCAGUGAAAAGGCCCUGAGUCUGGUUUUGAAAGAAAACGAAACGGGGGAUGUAAAUUGGGAUGCAUUCAGCUUCCCUGAGUUGUGCAACUUUCUGCGAAUCCUGCAGCGUGAGGAAGAGGAGCAUGUCCGACAGAUUGUGAAGCGCUAUGCUCUCGCAAGAGACAAGAUGAAGCAGGCCAUGGCAACGAUUACUACUCCUGGUUGAUUUUUCAUGUAGCCAGAGACACUCAGCAGAUCCACUCUGCUAUUCUCUGUAGUAUUGUGGAUCAACAAAAAAAA